AUGGAUGGAGAAAAGCGGAAAAGAAGUAUCUGCUCACGGCAAGAGCCGUUGGCUGCGCUGAAGAUCUUGAAAGAUGUGAACAACAAGCGUGACGAAAACCCUGAUAGAGUGACUCUGAAAAAAGAAAUAGGACUUUUAAGCGCCUGUACCAUAAUAAUAGGUAAGGUUGGUAAAAGUGUAUUGCAUUUUAGAGACUAUUACAUAGGGGUGUUUGUUCAUUGUUUUAUUCGAAUGCGCACCUUAUAAAAUAACUUUGUACAUUUGCAAUUUACAGCAUUUGCCCUUGCUGAAUAAAACAUUAGUUUCCCAAUGAUGUAUUAUGUAGGCCUAUUAUUCAAGUCAAUAUCCUAUAUUUAGUCAAAAGUUUGUAAUGUUUAGAAAUAGGCCCAUCUUCUCACCUGUGAUGCUAAGAAUAUAGUACUAUUUGAGCUGAUCGUGCGGUUACAUUACAACAUUUUUUGCAUUAAAUGUCUACCUCAAUGCUUACGUGGCCAAAAUAUAUUAAGUCAGUCAAGUAGCACAUUGGUUGUCAAGCAGAAGCUAAUUUUCUGCUGAAGCAGAAGAAAUGGCAGGGACUGCUUUAAUAAAUCUAAUCUGCUUGUUGAAGGGUGCAAAUUAAGAUAUAAACCCAAGUGUCACCUACACAGGGUUGGGGAGUAAGCUAAUUUACAUGUAAUCUGACUACAAAAAAUACUACCUGUAAUCAGUUACAUUACCAGGAAAAAAUAUUGUAAUCAGAUUACAGACACUUUUGAAAAACUAGAUUACUUAUUGGAUUACUUUUAAAUUCAAAUGUUCAGGAUGUUUGCAAAAAAUACAUUAUGACACCUUUCUGUUUUCUCAAUGACAUUCAAUUCAGCAUUGAAAAAAAUGAGCAAGUUUAAGUUUGUUCCACCUGAGCAAGUCUGACCACAAGUCAGAGACCAGUAUAAUGACACGCCAAAUGUGUUAGAUGGAUCCUCAUCAGGUCAAAGUAAUCAGAUUACAUUACUGACUUUGGGUAAUCCUAAAUUUACGCUGUCAUUGAUUACAGGUCGUCAUUGUAAAUAUGAAUUUGUUCUUAACUGACUUGCCUAGUUAAAGGUAAAAAUACAUUUAAAAAAGGGUCAAUCCCACUAUACAGUCUGGAAGACGCAUAUUUAUCAUUACUAAUAAAUUCAAUUUUAGGUGGUUUUGGUUUUCAGACUGCUGAUAAAUAUGCUGAAGAUUUCAGCAUGGUCUGUUGCAAUUAUUACAUAUGUUCUGACUUGACUGUUAAAAUUAGUUUUAGAGUUACUGUAAAAUGGUUAUUAAACUGAAAGAAUAGGCCUAUGUUCUAUGCCAUUUCUACUGACAGUGAUGUUUUUCAAUGACAUUUACUCACAGCAGGCCCUGACCUACUCUUGUGGCUUUUGAUUAGUUACAUUAGUGCAGUUGUUUUUUAUCAAGAUUGGUCCUGGAUUAAGACCUCUAAAAUAGGAGAAAAUGUGAAAAUCCCUUUGACUCAGGCUUCUGCCUCCUGGAAGGACUUUCCAACCACAGAAUGCUGAUUUCUUUUAUUUCAUCCUUUAUUUCGACAGUCAUGCUGAGACCAAGGUCUCUUUCACAGAUGAGCCCUGUAUACACAUCAAUACACAUCAAUAUACACUACACACAUCACUGUACACCAUAAUAUACACAAAGCAAAACACAAUCAUAGAAAAUAGUACACACAUUGAUGCACCGUUGCAUGUGUAGAAGAGAGACACAGUACAGACCACCAACUGUGAGUGGACAAGUUGAACAAUCCAGACCAGGAAGUCCAUGCUGGCAUCCACCCUGUUGUUUCAAAGUUAUACAUCUUACUCCCAGUUUUAGCAUUUCUGACAGGGGCACAAACCUAAAUGAAAGCCGGCCGUGUAGAGUCUAGAAAUAAUGCAGAAGAUGAGUUGAAUUCAAUUCUCGCGGAUGGCUCAUGCCUGAGCUCGACAGUUAAAGAGUAAAUAAUUUAUGCCCAGUUAUGUAAUCGAGGUCUGUGCCACUUGGCUGCCUUCUGCUGUGCUACUCUGAGUGCUCUACCCUGAAUGUGUUGGUUGGGAUACACUUGGUCUGCGUCUAAAAUGGCACCCAAUUCCAUAAUGGCACUACUUUUCAAUGGGGCCAUUUCCCUUGGACAUGGUACAGCCAUAUUGUAACCCAGAUCAUUGUAUUACUUCAAUGAGUGUGGUUGAUGUUGAAGCAAGCCCCUUGGGUUAGAUGGUAGCACUUCCUACUCUGACUGCUUGAUCUCCUGCCCAAAGCUCUGUUCACUCACAUCAACAGUAUGAUUGUUCCAUUUCUGAGGUCCUCUGUGGACGAUGUGUUAACUUGUAAUGAUUAUCAGGGAGGAUAUUUUUGUCAAGUAUAUCUGAAAAUAGAAAGCCAUAUCGUUUCAGGGUUGAUGUGAGGAUAAAUCAAUGAGGACCCUUUAGCUAGCUCAUGGGUAAGUGUAUAAACCAGAUGAUAUAAUGUCCCUUUUUUCUACACACUGCGAUAUAUCUAUUGUUUAGAUCUCAAUGUAUUGUUUAAUUACAUUUACAUUUUAGUCAUUUAGCAGACGCUCUUAUCCAGAGCGACUUACAGGAGCAAUUAGGGUUAAGUGCCUUGCUCAAGGGCACAUCGACAGAUUUACAAAAACCUUUUAACAUACAGUAACUGAUUAACACAUGAUACAGCUUUAUAGGAUUUUAUAAUAGUCAUAUAUAUAUAUAUAUAUAUAUAUACAUAUUAUUUUUUUAAACAAUAUUUCCAUUGCUUGUUUUUGUGUGUAUGCAUUCUAGUAAUACCUUCUCCCUCUCCACAGGGAACAUCAUAGGUUCUGGAAUCUUCAUCUCUCCAAAAGGUGUUCUAGAGCACUCAGGUUCAGUGGGUCUAGCACUGAUCGUGUGGAUACUAGGGGGAUGUAUAGCUGCCCUGGGCUCCCUCUGCUAUGCUGAGCUGGGGGUCACCAUCCCCAAGUCAGGGGGGGACUACUCCUACGUCACAGAAAUAUUUGGAGGCCUUGUUGGGUUGGUACCUCUGUCUCCCACACCUACAGUUUAUAUCACACCGAAUGUGUAUAGUUUGCAAGCUUAUUAUGAAAUACGUAACAUUAGGUUGGAUCAAAGCAGACUACUGUGGGAAUACAUUUUUAAUUGAUGCUUUCAUGUGCUAUCCUCUGAGAUCAAAUUCACAUAUUGUUGAUGUAGCCUAUGCAUUACUUUUUACCCCAAAUAAAAUUAUGUUCAAUUCUGUUUCUUUCCCAUCCUAGGUUCCUUCUACUGUGGAGUGCGGUGCUCAUCAUGUACCCCACUACCCUGGCUGUCAUCGCCCUCACCUUCUCUAACUAUGUCCUACAGCCUGUCUUCCCCGACUGUGUCCCUCCCUACAUGGCCACACGCUUGCUGUCAACAGUCUGUCUAUGUGAGUACUGCACCGUGUGUCUGACUGUGUGUGUGGGUGUGCUAUGUUUUAUGGGAAGUUUAUCUGAUGCAACAGAGUAAAAUAUAUCUUACGUAACCAUUGCCUCUAAGCCUUUUAAAACUCUCAGAGUGGAGACAGGAAUAUAAAAAAAUGCAUGGUGUGUCAAAUAGAAAAUAGAAGGGGGAGACAGGAGGGGAAGGAGUGAGCAGGAAAGUUAGCGAACAAAGACUGAUGAAGAGUGCAGUUUCUAAAGUAUGUAUAAAAUCAUCCCAAUGGGCAAAAUAUGCCAUGGGAUGUCCUAGUUACGUCAUUCUCUGGUUGUAAAUUAGUUUUAAGUUCUUUACCAAGGAGACAUUUGUUUUUUAUAUGGUUAUAGACAUCCUUUUAUUGGUCGCUAAAAAUACAUCUAAAAACAUAAUUUUACAACCAAGUUGACCAUGACGCCACAAAAGACAUCCGAAUGAUGUAAUUGCAACCAGUUUUGUGAACCUGAGGGAACGUGGACUUAAAUUCAAUGUCAAGUACAGUGUCUGUCCCAUUCGCUGAACUUAGAGCCAAUUUUGUCGCCUGUGAUUUGUGUAUUGCUUUUCACUGGGUUGCACCCCUCACUCUAUCUACAAUUUGGACAUGCUAGUAUUACUAAUUACUUGGCACCAAGCUUGAGGGGACCUCCACUGUACCUCCACUGAACCCCAUGAAGUAGAGAAGAACACACAAAACCCCCAUUGUACCAUGAUUGAGCUGCGGAAAAGCCAACAAGCCAACAGCAUUGUGGCCCAUGAGGUGAAACAACAGGUUUUUUAGUGCGAUCCCUGCUUUUAGGGGCCAUUAUUCUCACUUGUUUUUUGGGGGACUGGAUGCCAACGAUCUGGAGAAAACGUGAGCUUUCUCUCAGCCUCUUCAGGGACCUGCCUGCCUGUCCUCUCUGGGUUUUGUUCUGUUGCAUCGGAAGCGGUUUGUUUUGGGGGCCUUGACACCUACCCUUUGUGUGUAAGAGCCAGGCCACCAUGAGAAAGAGAGGCAAGCCAAUGACAGUGAUGGAUGAGGUGAAACAAUCAUGUCCACCCCUUUGCCUUACCAUUUCCCACAUUCCGGUCUGCCAUGGCAACUGCUAGGCCGCUGCCGCCCCACCAGCACCAUGUACCUAGGCGUGAGCCCUGAAUGACUGGGAGAGAACAUGUCACAUUACUGUGCACCUCACGGCUUGGCUGGCAUCCCUAAUGCCACAUUCCGAUUGGGCAAGAGCUCCCCUAUGUGAGGACAAACAUGACUUCUGACUAAUCAUUGUAUGUAACUUGCUUAGGCUACUAUACCUGGGUUUAAAUAGUGUUUCGUUUUUCUCAGUUAAAUGCUUGCCUUAAAGUAACUGUCCAGUGUUUCCAGAUUUCUAUGAAAUAUGACCUAUAAUUAAUUUCAAUAUGAGUGCAAUAGUUUUCUUUCCAAAUGUGUAUUUAUUAAGUAUGUUAAAAAGCAGCUUUUCUGUGUUGGAAUGGUGUGGGCGUACCCCAAUAACAGAAUGGUGUGGCCGUAUACCGAUCAUAAAAAAUAUGAAUGCUAGUAGACUGCUGAUUGGCCAGCUCAUCCUCCUAAGGAGGAUGACAUCAUCCUCUAUGAGGAAAUAGCAAGCAUUUUUGAGAUACAAGCUUGAGGUGGGUUUUUUAAAGUGUUUUUUCUCCAAUUUUGCUUUGGCCACAAAUACGAGUAUAGGACGAGUCAACAACAUUAUUUGGGUAUAAGUUAACAGAAUAUUAAGUUUUAAAAGUCAGAUUUUCACUGGACAGUUACUUUAAAGUAUUUGUGCGUGUGUGUGCAUGCGUUUGUCUGUGUCUGCAGUGUUCCUGACCUGGGUGAACUGUUCCAGUGUGCGUAUGGCCACCAGGAUCCAGGAUGUUUUCACGGUGGGGAAGCUGGCGGCCCUGGGUCUCAUCAUAGUUGUCGGCUUGGUGCAGAUCUGCAAGGGUGAGACACACACACACUCACCCUCUCUCUAGAAUGGUUUUCAUUAUAGCAAUCCUGGGUCAUGCAAGACGUUUUGCAACUGAAAACUAAGGUUUCUUAUUUAGCAAGUUCAGAUAGUACCUCCCCGUUUCAGACUGCUUUCUUCGUUUUUGUGCCUACUGAACAUGACCCAGGUGCCGAAGGUCAAUAGCACCUUAAACAAACUAAUAGGACGUUGCGCGUCUGUGAUAUUUACCCAUGUAAGAUGUUUUUAAUGAUCAAAGAGAAUAUCAUGCUAUUUCCCUAAAACAACCCCAAAGACAUUGAUGGUGAAUUGGUACUUCUCCAGGUAACUACGAGGGACUGACGCCUCAGGUUGCCUUUGAGUUCAGCAUGACGCCCUCGGUUGGGCAGAUCGCUCUGGCUUUCCUCCAGGCCUCAUUCGCCUUCAGUGGAUGGAACUUCCUGAACUAUGUCACAGAGGAAGUGGUUGAACCACGACGGUGAGCAUCUGGUUCACCGAACAUUAUUUUCCUUUGCGUUCUAUUCUAUUCUAUUUUAAUUUAUCAAUCCGAUGCUGUGUACUGUAUAUGCAGUCUGGCUGUGAAUGCAUGAAAGCAAGCAUUGUGGAGUGAUGCACAGUAUGUUGGGAUGUUAUGGUAGUAUAUCAAUGAAAGAAAAGUGAUAUAGUUCAAUUUUACAUUCUAUAGAGUUAUAUUUUGCAUAUCAGCUGCCUUCUUAUUUUCCCAACAAUGCAAGAUUUAUGAGACUGUGUGUUGAUUGCAUGGUUUGUACAGUAUACAGUGUAGAUUACCUCAUCAAUGGUUUGUGUACUGCGUGGAUGACCUCAUCAGUAGUUUGUGUACCGCGUGGAUGACCUCAUCAGUAGUUUGUGUACCGUGUGGAUGACCUCAUCGAUAGUUUGUGUACCAUGUGGAUGACCUCAUCGGUAGUUUGUAUACCUUGUGGAUGACCUCAUCGGUAGUUUGUGUACCGUUGGAUGACCUCAUCGGUAGUUUGUGUACCGUUGGAUGACCUCAUCGGUAGUUUGUGUACCGUGUGGAUGACCUCAUCAGUAGUUUGUGUACCGUGUGGAUGACCUCAUCGGUAGUUUGUGUACCGUGUGGAUGACCUCAUCGGUAGUUUGUGUACCGUGUGGAUGACCUCAUCAGUAGUUUGUGUACCAUGUGGUUGACCUCAUCGGUAGUUUGUGUACCGUGUGGAUGACCUCAUCGGUAGUUUGUGUACCGUGUGGAUGACCUCAUCAGUAGUUUGUGUACCAUGUGGUUGACCUCAUCGGUAGUUUGUGUACCGUGUGGAUGACCUCAUCAGUAGUUUGUGUACCGUGUGGAUGACCUCAUCAGUAGUUUGUGUUUUGUAUGGAUUACCUCAUCAGGAACCUACCUCGUGCCAUUUACAUCUCUAUCCCAUUGGUGACCUUUGUGUACACGCUCACCAACAUCGCCUACUUCUCCGCCAUGUCACCCGAGGAGCUGCUCUCAUCCAACGCUGUGGCCGUCGUGAGUAACACUGUUGGCUUUGCUUUGUAACAUGACAGAAACCUCCUGGCGUACUGGUACUUUAAUGGUGUCAUUAUUUGAUUCAUUGACCUUUAAUAUAUGUUCAACUCAAUGCAUGUUCACAUAGAGAUGCCCUUUAAUCAUUUUCAAAAAAAUACUUGCUGUACAUCAAGAGUUAUCCCUGGCUUGUAUUGAGUCCUAAAUGUAAACCUUCUUGUUCUGCUGCAGACAUUUGGAGAGAAGCUCCUGGGGAUGUUCUCUGUCAUUAUGCCCAUCUCUGUAGCCUUGUCUACGUUUGGAGGCAUCAACGGCUACCUCUUCACAUCUUCUAGGUGAGGGGGUCAACCCUGGGGAAGAUGUCCUCUAGGCUGGCUGUGAUUCAAUUCACAAGGAUACUGCUUUUGGAUUGAGACACAGCCAUAGAAACGGAGGCGUGUGCAUGAUUUUUAAGUAAAUUAAAUGAUUGUACAUGGGUCUAUAAGCCCUCUAUGUUUUAUUUGUCUUUCUAGAUUGUGUUUCUCUGGGGCCAGAGAGGGACAUCUACCCAGCCUGCUGGCCAUGAUCCACUUUAAGAACUGCACCCCCAUCCCUGCUCUCCUCUGCUGUGUAAGACUGCCUAACACUACUACGUCUUUACUGUAUGUUUUUUUCUCAAACAACACUCAGUGGCCAACAUGCAGGUCCUAUACCCCUCUACCUUAUGUCUUCAAUAAUGGCCCCUCUCUCUCUCUCUCUCUCUCUCUCUCUCUCUCUCUCUCUCUCUCUCUCUCUCUCUCUCUCUCUCUCUCUCUCUCUCUCUCUCUCUUUCUCUCUCUCUCUGACUUUCAGUGUACUGCCACCAUUGUAAUCCUGUGUAUAGGAGAGACACACAACCUGAUCAACUAUGUGUCCUUCAUCAACUACCUCUCCUAUGGAGUCACCAUCGCAGGCCUGCUCUACUACCGAUGGAAGAAGCCCAAACUUUACAGACCAAUUAAGGUAUUAUUAAUCCAGGCAUGGUUCAAUCAUGGCCCCUCUCAGAUAAAUGAUUGACCCAGUAAUUGACAAAUAAGAGGAAACUACAGAAACACAGUGAACCUGUUCUCAUCAACUGUUGAAAACAGAGUAGAAGCAGCUAUUUUCCUCUGUCCUCCCCACUAGGGUGAUUAAUUGGAAGGUGAGACAUCAUGUGACACUCUCUUCGUUAUAAAAACAAAUCUGUUCUCAUCCCUCCUCAUCAGGUAAACCUACUUGUCCCUAUCACCUACCUGAUGUUCUGGGCCCUGUUACUGGGCUUCAGCCUGUACUCUGAGCCUGUAGUGUGUGGUGUUGGGCUGGUCAUCAUGCUCACUGGUGUACCAGUCUACUUCCUGGGGGUGCACUGGAAAGCCAAGCCAAAGUGUAUCUAUAACUUCAUCGGUGAGUGUCCUCUUGAGUCCUGCAAAUACAUGUUUGUUUUAGUAAUCCUGGCCUCUUUCUUUGCCCCCCAAAAUAUCUGAAUUUCUGAAUUCAACCACAUAUAUUUAAUGGUAUUCAAACUCCCUAAAUCCUACAUAUAACAAGUGAUAAAUCAUUCUUUAUUUAAGUAGACCCAGAUACAUGGCAUUUAAAAGGAAUACUACGUUAGUGGUCUGGUCAGACACUUUUUUGUGAUGCUAAACGUGGGACCUGUUUUCUCACAGAGUCAGCGACCUAUGUGGCACAGAGGCUGUGUUUCGUGGUCUUCCCCCAGUUCGACCCCAUCGAGAUCAGUCCGAUCGAAGAAUGGCCCGACAAAUCUUCCGACACUCUAUCUGGGAAGUCUUAAACUCUUUUUGCCUUCUGAAGUCUUUUUCUUUUUGUAUAUUCCGUCACUGUACAGACACGGUCACUGUACAGACACGGUCCGUUCCUUUUAGUGGAGCCCCUUGUCUGGUGUCUGGUCACCUGAGACUCAUAUCCAUUUCUUUACAGCUAAGUGGAAUUGCCUGCGUUUUGAUGCAUGGGCCACUUGCAAAUUUGUAUUAUUUUGUUUUUGUACUAAGUCGUCAAGUACAACAAGCUAAUGCCAACAGUAUCACAUUUUGAAACAGACUUCAUAUGCCCUAAGGAAGUAUUUGAGCCUUUUCUGUAACUUUUCAACAUUGGCAGUAUUUUUGGUUUUAAUUGAUCUAAGAUUGACUGUGUAUCAUUGUGCCUUAUAGGGGAAAUUGUGUACCUUAUUAACAAAAAUGUAUCUUACCUAUUAUUGUAAUUUGGAUUUUGCUUUGCUUUGGGUGUUCCUUAUGAGAAUUUGAAAAGCACUGUGGUCUUCCAUAUUCUGCUUCUUGCCAGUUGUUAAUUUGCCACAUGACAUGACUUCCUCAGAUUUGUGAACAUAUUCAGAACUAUCUGAACAAAGACCUCAGAGACUUUGACUGGAAUCCUUUGGAAAUUAAUCUCUUUAGCCAACAGCAGCCAACAACAAAGGUGUUCUGAUUAUAUACUGCUGAAUGAUAGAUGGUUGUAGUUGAUAGUUGAGGGUCACUACGUUUUUACAGUACUUAGUUUGUUUAACUCUUGCCAUUACCUUUUACACUACUGAUUAUAUGUCAUAUACUAUAAAUACACACAACUGUAAAGUUCACAGCUGACUUAAUGACCCAAACUCCAAUUUACACCAGCGUUAUAUGGAAGUAAAACUGCUCACACUGCUCACAAAAUGCUUGCUGCACUUUUCUAAUGCUUGUUUCUAAACUAAGAUUCUAAUAUCAAGUUAACUUAUUUUAUUUUUUAUUCUCUACCACACUUAAAACUAAAUGUUGUGCUGGUAACCUGACCAAAAUAUACAAAAGGCCUUUGCUUUUCCAGUGGAGCACUGUACUGCCAUUCCAUUUCUCUUCCCCAAACAGAACUCUUUAACUGCUAUUGUGUUCUUCAAAUGGCCAGGCCCUUGACUGUUACUGUAAAAAGAAACUCAUGAUAUGUUGUAUUUCUUUUGAAAUGAACAUACAUUUUAAGUAGCCUAGAUUGAUAGAUAUAUACUGUAUUGUACUAGAUAGAUGGAUACUGUACUUGAAACCACACAUUACUCAAGGAACAUAUUUCAUUCCAAUAACCAGAUAAUGAUGUAGGAUUAGGAUAUAGUUUGUUAGUACAACAUGAGUCUGAGUUGUCUCUCCAACAGCUGCCAUGAUCAUUAAGCCAGUCAGGUAAAACACAGUGCUUAUGCAAGUUUUAUUACUACUUUAUAUCCAUCUUAGUUCAGAUUUCUAGAGCAUAUGAAGAGAUUUUACACUGUAAAUUAUUUGUAAAGCAUCAGGUGUUUACAAUGGGUUCUCUACUUGGAAUGUUAACUGGAAUGUAUUUUAGUGCACUUUUUUGUAAAUGAGAAAAUAACAAUAAUACCACAAUAAAUCAAAUACCUUUUGGAAAUGAA